AUGGCCGAUGCCUUGCCCAAGGAAAUUGGACACGGUCUAUCACCCCAAGAGCAAGGCCAUACUAAAGCUCAAGAGGCACAGGAUGGACCAGAGACUCGUUCACAAUCAUCAGAAAAGGAUGGGCUGAGUUCUCUUGGGAAUCCUGGUCAUGGAAAACCAAGCGACAGGAGACCGACCUCCACCGACUCAUACGGCCUCCAUCGGACACAGUCAGGUGUCGAUGUAGAACGCGCCCAGAAGGAUUUCGCGGAGUUGAACCGGGAGUUUAGUUCAAUCAGUCGACGGAUGUCGCGUACCCAAUCUAGAGCCUCAGGUGCCAGAGCCAGGGAUCUGGAAAAGGCUGUCAGCUCGUCCGACGAAACGCUAGAUGAUGCCUUCGAUUUGGAGCAAACCCUACGUGGCAACCGCGAAGCCGACAACGAAGCCGGAAUCAAGCCCAAGUAUAUUGGUGUGAUUUGGGACAACCUUACUGUUCGGGGUAUUGGCGGCGUGAAGAAUUUCGUCAAAGUGUUUCCUGACGCCUUUGUCGAUUUCUUCAAUGUUCCUGGGACUAUUAUGAGCAUCUUCGGACUUCGAAAAAAGGGCAGGGAGUUCAACAUUCUACGCGAUUUCCGUGGAGUUGCUAAACCCGGGGAGAUGGUCCUAGUUCUUGGUCGACCUGGCAGUGGAUGUACUACUUUCCUCAAGGUUAUCGCCAAUCAGCGAUAUGGCUACACAGGCAUUGACGGGGAGGUUUUAUAUGGUCCUUUUGAUGCUGCUACGUUUGAAAAGUUGUAUCGUGGAGAAGCUGUGUACAACCAAGAAGAUGAUGUUCACCAUCCUACAUUGACCGUUGGACAGACUCUAGGAUUCGCCCUUGAUACGAAAACUCCAGGGAAGCGCCCAGCUGGUCUCAGCAAAUCUGAAUUCAAGAACAAGGUCAUUCAACUGCUACUAAAAAUGUUUAACAUUGAGCAUACUAUCAACACCAUUGUCGGCAAUCCAUUUAUGCGAGGAGUGUCUGGCGGUGAGAGGAAACGCGUGUCAAUUGCAGAGAUGAUGAUUACACGUGCUACGGUCUGCGCAUGGGACAACAGUACACGAGGGCUUGAUGCAUCCACCGCACUUGACUAUGCUAAAUCCCUGCGGAUCAUGACCAACAUUUACAAGACUACAACUUUCGUUUCUUUAUAUCAAGCAUCCGAAAAUAUCUACCAUCAAUUUGACAAAGUUAUGGUUAUCCAUGAAGGACGACAGGUUUUCUUUGGUCCUGCCAACGAGGCACGAGCCUAUUUUGAAGGUCUGGGCUUCUUAGAGAAGCCACGGCAAACCACCCCAGACUACUUGACUGGCUGCACCGACGAGUUCGAAAGAGAAUACAAACUGGGUAGAUCCCCAGAGAAUGCACCCUCAACAGCUGACUCUUUAGUCGAGGCUUUCCAAAAAUCCAAAUAUGCUGACAGGCUCUCUACGGAAAUGGCCGAAUAUCGCGAGUCGAUAAGGGAAGAAAAGCAAAUCUAUGAUGACUUCAAAGCCGCCCACCAGGAAGCCAAGCGGAAACACACUCCGAAAAACUCAGUUUAUUCGGUACCGUUCCAUUUGCAGAUGUGGGCCUUGAUGCAACGACAAUUCUUGAUCAAGUGGCAAGACAAGUUCUCUUUGGUGGUAUCCUGGAUCACUUCAAUCGUCAUCGCCAUUGUCGUCGGCACAGUUUGGCUGAAUCAACCCCAGACUUCUGCAGGGGCAUUUACUCGCGGUGGUGACAUCUUCAUUGCUCUUCUUUUCAAUGCAUUCCAAGCAUUUUCAGAACUUGCUUCGACCAUGCUUGGGCGACCAAUUGUGAAUAAGCAUCGUGCCUAUACUUUUCAUCGGCCCGGAGCUUUAUGGUUAGCGCAAAUCCUCGUGGAUCUUGCUUUUGCGAGCGUCCAGAUUUUCGUGUUCAGCGUCAUUGUCUACUUCAUGACUGGUUUGGUGAGAACACCUGGGGCAUUCUUCACGUUCACACUUAUCAUCAUCACCGGCUACCUAUCAAUGACACUGUUCUUUCGGACGAUAGGCUGCUUGUGCCCGGACUUCGACUAUGCUAUAAAGUUCGCCGCAGUCAUCAUUACACUCUAUGUCAUAACAUCUGGCUAUAUCAUCCAAUAUCAGAGUCAACAGGUCUGGUUAAGGUGGGUUUUCUACAUCAAUGCACUGGGAUUGGGUUUCGCAGCGAUGAUGAUGAACGAAUUCAAGCGACUUACAAUGCGGUGUACGAAUGAAAGCCUGAUACCUUCAGGCCCGGAUUACAAUAGCAUCACCAACCAAGUCUGCACCCUACCCGGUUCUGAGGCAGGUUCGGUAGAAGUUUCAGGUUCGGCUUAUGUGAAGACCGCCUUCUCGUACGACCCUGCUGAUCUCUGGCGCAACUUUGGCAUCAUCGUCCUGCUCAUCGUGUUAUUCUUGUUCACCAAUGUCGUUCUGGGAGAAACUGUCAAAUAUGGUGCUGGAGGACGGACUGUGACAUAUUUCACCAAGGAAAACAAGGAACGAAAAGAACUGAACCGAAAAUUGCAAGAAAGGAAACGAAGAAGACAAACAAAACAGGAUGCUGGAGACAGUUCCGAGCUGAACAUCACCUCUAAGGCUAUCCUUACGUGGGAAAAUCUGACCUAUGAUGUUCCCACACCCUCGGGGCAAUUGCGCCUCUUGAAAGAUAUUUUUGGAUAUGUUCAACCAGGAGAAUUGACAGCUUUGAUGGGCGCUAGCGGUGCAGGUAAGACCACAUUGCUCGACGUGCUUGCGGCUCGAAAGAACAUCGGUGUCAUCGGAGGAGAUGUGCUCAUCGAUGGACAAAAGCCAGGACUCGCUUUCCAGAGAGGCACUUCCUACGCUGAGCAGCUUGACGUACACGAGGGCACCCAGACCGUCCGCGAAGCCUUGCGAUUCAGUGCUGAUCUUCGACAACCUUAUGAGACCCCCCGCGAGGAAAAGUACGCCUACGUAGAGGAAGUUCUAUGCUUGCUUGAACUCGAAAACCUGGCAGACGCGAUCAUCGGGAGCGCGGAAAGUGGUCUUUCUGUCGAAGAGCGAAAGAGGGUCACCAUCGGCGUUGAGCUUGCAGCCAAACCCCAGCUUCUCCUGUUUCUCGAUGAGCCAACGUCUGGUCUCGACUCCCAGUCUGCUUUCAACAUCGUGCGAUUCCUGCGAAAACUCGCUGCGGCCGGUCAGGCAAUCCUUUGCACCAUUCACCAACCGAACAGCGCCUUGUUCGAAAAUUUCGAUCGACUUCUUCUCCUGCAGAAAGGCGGCGAGACCGUAUACUUUGGUAAUAUUGGAAAGGAUGCGCAUGUUCUCCUGAGCUACUUCCACAAGCAUGGCGCCGACUGCCCUCCAGAUGCCAACCCGGCAGAAUGGAUGCUUGACGCCAUCGGUGCUGGAAUUGCUCCACGGAUUGGAGAUCGUGACUGGGGUGAGAUAUGGCGGGACAGUGAAGAACUCGCUGCAACGAAGGCUGAAAUCGUUGAUAUGAAAGCCAAGCGUGCCCGCGAGGUCGCCAGUGAGCCGAAAUUGGACGAAAAAGAAUACGCAUCACCCUUGUGGCAUCAGAUCAAAGUCGUGUCAUGGCGGACCCAUCUUGCUUUCUGGCGCUCACCCAACUACGGAUUUACGCGACUCUUCAACCAUGUCGCGAUUGCCUUGCUCUCGGGUCUUGCUUUCCUCCAGCUCGACGAUAGCCGAUCGAGUCUCCAGUAUCGCAUUUUCGUCAUCUUCCAAGUCACCAUUAUCCCCGCCUUGAUCCUCGCGCAAGUCGAGCCGAUGUACGAUUUCUCACGACUGAUCUUCUACCGCGAAUCUGCCGCCAAAGCAUACAAGCAGUUCCCCUUCGCCUUUGCAAUGGUGUGCGCAGAAAUGCCGUACAGUCUGCUCUGUGCAGUUGGCUUCUUCGUGCCGAUCUACUAUCUGCCAGGCUUCAACAACUCGUCAUCCCGCGCUGGCUAUCAAUUCUUCAUGGUCCUGAUCACCGAGCUCUUCUCCGUCACCCUGGGCCAGAUGGUGGCGGCAAUCACGCCAUCAAGCUUCAUCUCAAGCCUGAUCAACCCCUUCAUCGUGAUUGUCUUCGCCCUAUUCUGCGGCGUGACGAUCCCCAAACCCCAGAUCCCCGGCUUCUGGCGCGCGUGGCUUUAUCAACUCGAUCCGUUCACUCGCCUUGUCUCCGGCAUGGUCACGACCGAACUGCACGACCUGCCCGUUGUGUGCCGCCCGAAAGAACUCAACUCCUUCCCUGCCCCGUCCGGCCAAGACUGCGGUUCCUACAUGGCUGACUUCUUCCAAAGCGGAGGUUCUGGAUACCUGAUCAACAACGCCACCGAUCUGUGCCAGUACUGCGCUUACAAAGUCGGCGACCAGUUCUAUAGGCCCUUGCAACUCAACUUUAACGAUCGCUGGCGCGACCUGGGCAUCUUUGCGGCGUUCAUUGCGAGUAAUUUGAUUUUGUUGUUCUUGGGGAGCAGGUAUUUGAAUUUCAAUAGACGGUGA